CCUCUUUCUUUCUUACUUUUCACUUUCAUACAUCGCAAUCAUGCUUCGCACAUUCAUCGCACGCAGUGUUGCUACAUUCCAAAGCAUUCGCUUUCUUAACACUACUUCAUCAUCAGCUACUUAUUCUGAGGACAAAGAUUGUUUCUCGAGCGACUGGGAGGAGAUGACACUGGUAAUCAACAAUCCGUUUAAUUUCAAUGACCAAAAUUUUCCCACGGGUAUCGCCGUUAUCAACUUUAACCGUCCUAAGGCCUAUAAUGCUCUUUCGCGUAAAUUUGUUCGUGAAUUCCGUGAAGCACUUCAGGAGCUUCGUUACGACCAAGAUGCCAGGGCCGUCAUCAUCAGAAGUCUGGUAGAUGGCGCGUUCUGUGCCGGCGCAGAUCUCAGAGAACGUUCCACAAUGAACUUGACAGAGGUGAAGCAGUUCCUAGCCAAUUUAAGGGAUAGCUUCCGUGAUCUUGAGACGUUGCCCAUCCCACGAUUGCUAUGGCACUCUGCUUGUGACAUGAGAGUCGGAGGUGGCAACAAGAAAGUUAAGAUUGGAUUAGUCGAAACAAGACUUGCGAUCAUUCCUGGCCGGCGGCAGCACGCUCCCCGUUUAAUUGGGAUCCCCAAGGCUAAGGAACUCAUUUCGCGCAUCUUGAACCAUGCUGUUAUGGAAGAUUCAGGAUAUGACAAAGCCUUGGAAAUAGCCGUGAGAUCCUACCCAUGGACCUCUUGCUAUCCCGAUUCUGGAUUGGAGUAUGAGCAGGCUUGUCUUGCUGCUUUCCGUGAGAAGAGGAAGCCCAUCUACAAGGGUAAAUAAAUUAAAUAGACAGCGA